AUGUCUGGCCCAGUAGGCAUGGUGCAGGUAGGGCGGCGGGCGGGCCACCAAAGGUCCUGCCCAGCAGGCUCCUGCCACCCUUGCCCCAGCAGGGCCUGCGGUGCAGGCAGGCGGGCAGGCCAAAGGUUCUGCCCAGCAGGCCUGGUGCAGGGCAGGCGGGCAGGCCAAAAAGGUUCUGACCAAGCAAGGACUGGUUGCAAGGCAGGAGGGCAGGCCAAAAAAGGUUCUGCCCAGCAGGCCCUGGUGCAGGCAAGGCGGCGGGGCCAAAACGGUCCUGCCCAGCAGGCAUGGUGCAAGGCAGGAAGCGGGUCCAAAAGGUUCUGCCCAGCAGGCCUGGUGCAGGGCCGGGAGGGCGGGGCCACCACAAGGUCUGCCCCAGCCGGCCUGGUGCAAGGCAGGCUGGGCGGGCCAAAAGGUUCGCGCCCAGCAGGCCUGGUGCAGGCAGGAAGGGCGGGCGGGCCAAAAGGUCUUUCUGCCCCAGCAGGCCUGGUUGGCAGGCAGGCUGGGCAGGCCACAAAGGUCUGCCCAGCAGGCCAUGUUGCAAGGCAGGAGGGCAGGCCAAAAGGGUCUGACCCUAGCACGGCCUGGUGCAGGCAGGUGGGCAAGGCCAAAAAGUCUGGCCCCAGCAGGCCUGGAGGGCAGGCCAGGUCGGGUGGUGGGCCAGGCCAAAAGGUCUGCCCAAAUGGCCUGGUGCAGACAGGCGGGCAGGCCAAAAGGUCUUUGCCCAGCAGGCCUGGGUGCAGGCCGGCGGGCAAGGGCCAAAAGGUUGCCCAGCAAGGGCCUGGUGCAGCAAAGACUGGGGAGAGAAUCCAAAACAAAGCACUUUCAAGGAAAAUAUCUCACAAAGAGAUAAAGCAACAAAAUGCUCGAAAAAUGAGGAUUGUCAAAAAUAAGCUGCUAUAUUUCGUCAUAAGGAAGAAUUGCACCAUUAUUCUACUUGAAGUACGACCUUGA